AUGCGUGCCAAAAAGGAGUUUCUGGCCCAGGUUGGCAUCCCUACUCAACGCUCCACCCUCGAUGCUCUGCGCACAUGUGAUGAAGCUGCCCUCCUGCUGAGGGGCGCUGCCGUCCCGCCCCAGCUGGGCGCCCUGGAGCCCCCAUCAGGCAGCUCGACCUCGGCCCUGUUAUCACUCGACAGCUCCCGAGGAGUAUCCCCUGACGCUGCUACGGCUUCUGCGGGGGAUGCUGCGGCUGCUGGUGCUCGCCCUGCUUCGGCCAGGUUCGCCUCGCCCGCGCCUACGAGUUCCCGGCCGGCGCUGGGUUCAUCCCCGUCACCCCGGCAAUCUCAGGGAGGCUUGGCCGACCCACCCACCUCCCCUCAAACCAGCCCCUCGCGCCAGCUGAAUAGUGCGAUCGACGGCAUCUCGCAGGCGGCCUACGAGAUUGUCUCCCUUCCCGCUGUCUUCAUCACUCCCAAGAUCUUAGAGCUGUACGUCGGCCUUCAGUCCCGUCUUGGGAGGCCUGAAACCCUGCCAGAGGUCUUCUCCAUGUAUAGGUCAAAACCGGUGCCGCAGGCUCACGGGGCUACCAUCAGAUACAUUGAGCAAAACCCAAACAAGGCGGCAAACGCUGUGGCACCCAGCGUCGCUGAAACUGCCCUGGACGCGGCCAUUGAGGCUCGGCACCUGGAUGCUGCUGUGGCCAUUAUCGACAGCGCUUACGCAACUAAGGCCUUCGUCCGGUCCAAGCUCCUGAGAAGGGCGCUGGUGCCCGUCUCGUGUUUCGCUGCACUGCCCGUCUGUCUCUACGUGAUCGCCUCGGGAAUAUCCCACCUCCAGCACACCAUGGACCGAUCCAUGGCCACGGCCAUCGCCUUUGCUGGCUUCACAACAUACGUGGGCUUCACGUCUGUCAUCGGCCUGCUAGCAUCUGCCACCGGUAACGACCAUAUGAAGCGUGUCACCUGGACUCCCGGAACGCCUCUGACUCAGCGGUGGAUUCGCGAAGAAGAGCGAGCCGCACUCGACAGGGUUGCCUGCUCCUUCGGCUUUUCGGAAUCUCACAGAUACGGUGAGGAGGAAGGCGCCGAGUUUGAGGCGCUGCGCGAGUACAUCCUCCGGAAGGGCAUGAUCCUCGACCAGGUCGAGUUGAUGGAGGGGAUGAGACAAUAG